UUACUAAACCUCAACUACAACAGUACAACUACACUCCACAACUCUCUUUUUCUCUCUCUAAAUUCAUCCAUUUCAGCUUCAUCUCAAAAAUAGCUCGACUAAUUACCUUCUCCAAACACAAAUUUAAGGAUCGUGGGCAAAAUUAAACUUUUCUCACGAAGUCAGAAAGUCGGAUCUUCCAAAAUUUUAAAGGUGUAGUAGAUACGAUUUGGAAAUGGCGUAUUUUCAAAGUGGGAGAAAUAUACUUCGUCAGAUUAUAAAAGAUGGUGGUGUUAAGAAAUUGGAUGGUUAUGUUCAUCCCUUGUUUUUCACUGGGCAAGGAGUUAGAUACAGGAAAUUGGAAGUUAUUCUUACAACGAACAUGGAUAAGCUUGGGAAAGCUGGUGAGACAGUGAAGGUAGCACCUGGGUACUUUCGCAAUUAUCUUAUGCCGAAACUAUUAGCUGUGCCCAACAUUGACAAGUUUGCGUAUCUUGUUAGCGAGCAAAGGAAGAUUUACCAACCUAAAGAGGAGGAAGAAGUUAAGGUGGAGAAAGAAAGUAAAGAAGAUUUGAUGAAAGAGUACAUUGCUGCUGCGAAGCGGCUUGAUAAUGCAACACUGGUUUUAAGAAGAUACUUUAAGGUUGACAAUGAACUGCGCGAACCUGUGACAAAAGAAGAGAUAAUUGCUGAGGUGGCAAGGCAACUCGCUGUACGCGUUGAACCUGAAAAUUUGCAUAUGCCAAAUCCUUUGUCAGCUCUGGGGGAGCAUGAGAUACCACUACGCUUGCCAAAGUCCAUCCCGUUGCCCCAGGGAAAGAUCAUGUGGACUCUGAAAGUUAAAGUUAGAAGAAAGUGACAAUAUUCCGUAGCUUAGCUUAGAUCCAACUGAGUCUGUUAGUUUGGAGUUGUUUCAUGGUCUCUCGUUGUAGCUUCUGCCAUUUAAAAGAAAAAUUUUGGGUAGCCAUUUUCCCGUUCAAGCCUUCACGUAUGGAGAUGAUGGAGUUGUACUCGCGCUGUAUGUUUCUUGUACCAGAUAAAUAUCAUAAAGGUCAUGGCUACACUGAUUUUGGAUUGUGUUAAGUGUUAACUAGGAUCGAGAUGGUACAUCUUGAAUUUAAAAGCCUCGCAGCAAAGAAGGUAAAAUCGAAGGCUUCCAGUUUAUUAGAACUGUCUAUCUUUAUAUUAUGUGACUUUAGUUUCUCUAAAUAAAAUGUUUUGUGCUUUUGUGAUU